CUGACCUAUCUACAGAAUCUUUACAGUCGACGUGAGAGUUGGGCUCUCAGUUAUAGGAGGGACUUGCCAACACGUGGCAACCAAACCAAUAACUAUGUGGAGGCUGCAAUGCGUGUCUUGAAAGACAAAAUACUUCAUAGGACAAAAGCAUUCAACCUGCCUCAAUUAUUCAACCUUUUCAUUACCCGACUAGAGAUGUACUAUGAAGCACGUGUGACAGACGUUGCUCUUGGCCAUUGGGAGGCAUUCCACCGGUCAAGAUUUCUUGCUACACAAAGUAAUAUCAAAGCAUCUGAUAUUUCUCAGGUUGGAGAAAAGAAAUUUCAGGUGAGAUCAUCCACAUCAGGGCACACAUAUACAGUGGACAUGGAGUUGGACCUCUGCACUUGUCCAGUUGGCCAUAGUGGGGCACCAUGCAAACACCAGGCAGCAGUAGUGCAAAAUUACAACAUCACCUCCAUCAACUUUCUUCCCACAACAGCUGAAAUGAGGGCUGAGCUGCUGAAAAUAACAAAAGGUAAUUAUUUCUUAGUACCAUAGGUUGUCACACACACUGACUGAUGCUGUUUUUAAAAACUUUCUUCUUUAGAUAUUUUAACUAUUAAAUUAUUAUAUUAAUUAUAUGUCUUGUUCAUCAUCUUCACAGCCUCAGUUUCUCUUGACUUUCUAAACCCUUUUACGGCAAAAUAUGCCAACGCCUAGCACAUUAGCUCCAGGUAAGGAAGUUCAAGUGGGACAAAGAAACUUCAUCAAACAUGCUUAAUUCUUAACAAAACAACUAGUACAGCAGUGCAACAUUAGUAUACAUUUUUUUAGACAUGCCUCCGAAGCAAGAAACCUGCACUUCUGAUCAUCAGUAUCAUCUCAGUGCUGAAGAUGAUGAGUCACGUCAGCUGGACCUGUCUUCGACCAGCUCUACACAACUGCAACAGAUAUCACCUAUGCAAGGGGACCCAUACUCCAACCAUCCCUGUGUUCAGGGUAACUCAGAGGGAGCAUCUUUACCUCAGUCUCCUGUGAAACGGAUGCUGAGACUGCUCAGUGAAAUGGCUGAAAACCCAGACUACAGUAAUGCCAUGUCUAAAAUGGCCAAGCAGCUUGAAAAGAUGCAGCACAACCAGACCCAACUGAUCUCUGCAUUUUACUGCUUUGGUAAAGGGAUGUCUGUAUCAAAACGUGCAGCAGCAUUAAGACGAGCUGCUAGACGACCAGAUCCUAUUAUUGGCUGUCAGCCAACAGCAGUGGCCAGAAGAACAGCUAAGACUGGUUCUAGGCAGCGUUUGACAGCUGGACGCCCCAGAAAAUGCAGUUCUGGUUCAGAGCAUGACUACAGCAGAUAUACAGGGAAAAGGGCUGUCAGGGUUCGCCACAAAUUGUCAGAAUCUGUGGCAAUGAAUUACUCACAUCAAGCAUAAAAAUAUUUGGGUGAGUGUGAGUGUGUGUGUGUGUGUGUGAGUGUGUUUAAAAAUGGUUAUUUAGUAGAUUAGUUAAUGCAAACAUAGUAUUAUUUAUGAAAUUUAGAUCCAGACUGCAGGUUAUGUAGCCAUUUUUUAAAUCAUUUUUGGAAACUUGUUAAAAAUAUUAACUGCACAGAAAAAAUUUUCAAGUUUUUAUAGCAAUUGUGAAUUGCAUGUAAUGUUUUUGUGUACCAGGACAUUUUUGUAUUUUAUCUAUGUAAUUGAUAAAUAAAGCAUUCUAUGGC